CAAAGUGAAGGAUGUUCCCUUUACCAAGAUGAAGAACUGUGGCCAAGUAUUGAACGUCCUUCUCCGUCAACCUCCCGUCUAGCUAACGGCAAGGGAACAGGAACCGUCUUGACGGGAAAGCAGCCGCAUCAUGACAGUAGAGAUUCGCGUUCUGCUUCUCUCUCCAAGAAUAACGCUUCAGACAGUGAAGAAGAAGAAGAAGAAGAAGAAGAAGAAUCUGAUGUCAGUGGUUCAGACACCUUGUGGGUAUCUUGGUUCUGUAGUUUAAGGGGAAACGAGUUUUUCUGUGAAGUUGAUGAUGAUUACAUCCAAUAUGACUUUAACUUAUGUGGACUCAGCAGUCUUGUUCCCUACUACGAGUACGCUCUUGAUCUCAUUUUGGAUGUAGAGUCUUCUCACGGGGAGAUGUUUACAGAGGAACAGAAUGAGUUGAUUGAGUCAACAGCAGCUGAGAUGCUUUAUGGACUUAUUCACGCGCGUUACAUAUUAACAACCAAAGGGUUGGCUGCAAUGUUGGAUAAAUACAAAAACUACGACUUUGGAAGAUGCCCUAGAGUUUAUUGCUGUGGCCAACCUUGUCUUCCUGUUGGUCAAUCUGAUUUGCCUCGAUCAAGCACGGUGAAGAUAUAUUGCCCUAAAUGUGAAGACAUUUAUUACCCAAGAUCGAAAUAUCAAGGCAACAUUGACGGUGCUUACUUUGGGACAACGUUUCCACAUCUGUUCUUGAUGACUUACGGACAUCUCAAGCCACUAAAGGCAACACAGAACUAUGUUCCAAGAGUGUUUGGGUUCAAAUUACACAAGCCGUGAAGGAAGUUUAAGAUAGAGACACCCUAAGAAUCAAGAUUUUGGAUUUGAAAAGAGAAACAAGAAGCACUGUAAUCACGAAAGGUGAAGAAGCAGUCUUGGCUCUAUUUUGUCAUCAGGUACAUACACAUUAGAAGCAAGCAAAAGCAUGGUUAGGAGAAAAAUCAUUUGAUGAGCUUUUAAACUUGCACCUGUAUGUUCCUACUUUAGUUUCCACUGUCCAGGGUUUAGUAGUUAGAUCAAGUUCUUGGACUGGGUCCGGGUUUGAAAUUGCCAGACGUUAAUCAAAUGGUCGAAUAAACCCGAGUCUUUUGCUGUGUAUCUGAAAAAGGAUUUGAUCAAAGAAUCAGAAUCAGAAUCAUGUCUUUAAUUGUCCACCAAGAGUACUUAUGAAAUAAACAGAAAUCGAAGGUACGCAAUUAAUUUGCAUAAUGAAAAUAAUUUCUCAAGACGUAUUUAAUGUGGGAAGACAAAUUGUGAUUAACAAGAUCCAUGAUAAAAAUAUGGAUCAAUGAUAAAAAUAUGGUUUCUAAUAAAUGAAAAAAUUUGUACGGUUGUGGAGAUCAAAAUCUAAUAAUUAAUUAUCCUAAACAACAUUUUUAAUACACUAGCAUGUCACUGUUACGGAUUCUCAGCGCAGAGUUCCCUCAAAAUAAUUAAGAAAUGCCUUUUAUAAAGCCAAGUGUCAUGAGUCAUGAAGGUCGAACAUGGAAAGUUAUAACGUAAUAGAGCAUUUCCAAUACAGUUUUCACUUUUAUGUUUGUUUCUAUAAUAGUAAUCUAAUUUCUCUCUAUUUUUUUUCUAAAAUAUAUAUUACUAUUUUUCUUCUAUUUAAACAUAGCCAUUAUAAAAAAAAAAUAUUAUAACGCUCCGAUCGUAUACGGCUAAUGGUCAUCCACGUCCGCUAUCUCGACGCGUGGGCCUCAUUCCGUAUGACGGAUGGUACGUUAAUUUUCGAAGGUUCAAAAUCACUGUUUACUGACUCUACAAUCAUUACAUAAUUUUUUAUGUGCUUUGGCCUCACUCAGACGGUAUUACAAAUCACUUCCGAUAGGUCACUUAUCCUUUCACUACUCUAGUCCAAACACAUUUAACUCUAGAAUUUUAAACGGAUGUAUUAUAGAAAAGGUAAGUUAAAUUUGAUGACAUAGAUAGUCAAAUCAAUUCUCUUAAAACUUUCAAUAUAUACUAAAAAUUGGGAUGUUAUAAAUACAUUAGAGCAAAUCUUAUCUCUAUUAUAGAAUAUUAAAAAAUUUCCUGUUUUAGAGAACAAAUUUUGCAAAAUACAUUGAAGAUGAUUUUAAGGAAAAAACUUGUAAAUAUUAUAUAUAUAUAAUUAUUAUAUGUUCAAGUUGCAGCAUCUCAUUUUUUAAUUGCGUUACUACCCAUAUUUCUGCAAAAAUAUUGACCAGAAUCAUAAUAUGUCUCAAAAAGAUCUUCAUUUUGUAGGAAGUGGAAACGUGGUUUGGACAUCAAUGUGUUUUAUAUAGACUAUAAUAAUAGCAAACGCAUCGUUAGUAAAAGUUAAACAUGUCGGAUUUUGAUGGAUAUGUCUGAUAAGUUUCGCUUACAUCAUUAAACUACUCACGGGAGUUGUUAAUAUCUCGAUUAAGCAAAAUAUCAGUAAAUUUUGAUUUGAUUUGCUAUUCACUUUGAUUAUUAUAACCAAAAAAUUAUGAUAUUUAUAACUCUGCGAAUCAAACUAAAUAUUAAUAUGUGUUAUCUACAAAAAUAAAUUAAAUCACAAAUACUAAUACUUUCGGAAUAGAUAUGCGAUAUGAUUUGUUAUAUAUAUAUAUAUUUUAAAAUAUUAUAUAUAACUUAUAUAAAUAUUAUAUUUAUAUAAUUUUAAAAUAUAAUUAUUUAAAUUUAUUAUGUUAGUUAUAAGAAUUUUUAAAAAGUAAAUAUUUUUUUGUAAUAAAGUAUUUAUUUAUAUUUUCUAUUUUUUAUAAUUUUUUAUUUUUUAAUCUUUAAUGUAAUUAUACGAAUCUGAUAUUUGCGUCUCCCGAUAUUGGAACACCGAAUAUCCAUCCAAACAAAGAUACUUUCGACAACUAAAUAAACAAAAGAAAAUUUUGAAAUAUAAGGUCUCCUUUGUUUUAUUAUCUUAUAUAAUAUAUCUUUUAUGCAAUAAAUGUUUAGUUUAAAUAAUAUUAUAAUUUUAUGCAAAUAUUUUAGAAAAUUAAAU